CUUGAACAGUCUUCUAUCACGCGGUGUUAAAUAACCAUCACUACAUCCUGAGUCUGGAUGUUUUAACCUGUUGUUGUUUAUGUGAGCUGUUCCUCCAUCAUCUGCAGUGGUCCAAAGAUAAAGCUGCUGAAACACAAACAGCAGCGGUGUUUAAUCCGCUGCAGCCUGCUGAGGGUAUGAGGCGGUCUGAAGGAGUCUGGAGUCAAAUUCCUGAACACGUAGGAGCUCCUCACGUUGUUCCAACACGACACAGGACGCAGGGCGCAGCGGCUAACGGAUUACUGAUCAACCGGUCGAUGAGCGACUAACGCACACUAGAUUCAUUUGGACUGUUACUCCUGCUGUUAAACACGACCAUCGGAUGUUUUCCCUUUUUUUUUUCUUCUUCCUCCAAACAAGAAACAUGACCUGAAGACCAUUAUUUCUCUCCAGACGUUCGUGCGUAACUGAACCCAACUUGAUGAGAAAUGUAAGAAACUGAUCUCCAAUCAAUACCUCUGUCAGGAGAUGUUUAUUAUCCGCCGAAGAGCCGCUUUUACGCGUUGCUCCAAAGUGGCGGAAAAAAUAACAGUCUGGCUUCACUUUUCCACAACGGAAAUGAGAUCAGUCCCAGUGCCUGGCUGGCUCCACUUCUUCUCAAACAUGGUCGAUGUAACUCCACGCAGAGCCGGGAUCUGACAUCGUUUCUCUUGUGGAUGUAAACACCUUUCUUUUCUUUUUUUUUUCCGUCAAAGGCACGAUGUUUGCCGGGCUGAUGGGGCUGGAGUGUCGCAGCAGCUCUCUGCUUCAGCACUGCGAAGCCAUGGAAGGUGGCAGAGCAUCAGGGACAGCUGGCAGCUGCGGCCGUAAGAGGCUCCACCGAAGACCAGGGUACAUGAGGGGAGAGCAGUCCAGAACACAGAGCACUUCUCAGGAGGAGGAGGAGGAGGAGGAAGAUGGGAGGACUGCUUGUAUAAGGAAUGGAAAAUCUGUACGUCACACUGACAUCGCUGAUGCAACCAGCGCUCAGAGGCUAACUCCUGCUGUCAAAGUGUCCUUAUUGAGUCAGCAGCAGCCUGAUAAACUCACAUGUACCUCCUGCAAGAGUAAGAGUUUCCUCUGCUGUGUUACCCGUCACCUCCCUCCUUUUGACUGCAGUCCUGUUAACAGUACGUCCAGCCGUCUGGUUGAGUCCUCAACGCCACAGAAUGAACUCAGGUUAAGCCCGAGCCCAGCCCUCCGGUCCUCACCAGAGGACUCCUUCAACUCCAGCUUCAGUUUCAUUCAACAGUCGCUCAGCUCCAGUCAGAAGACAGGCACAACCAUUACACCAAUACGAGAACCACUAAGCCCAUCAGCUAAAGGACCUAACCUGCCUCAAACAAAACUGGAAACCUUAUCCACUGAGCACAAUUUCUCAAAGCAGGCAGCUCCUGUCCAAACACUGUCUUCCUCCGCUCCAGGCAGCCAUGCAGACAGAGAAGAGCUGUCAUUAGGUGGGAGGUUUUGGCUGGCUGACUGUGACUCGCGACCUCUCGACAUAGAGGUGACCUCCUCACUGUCAGUGGACUCUGACACUGCCUCCGCCUCCUCCGUCACCUCCGGCUACGAUAGUGCCACGCCUGCCUCGGAGCAGGGUUGGGACAACCUGGUGAAGAAGUACGAGGGCGUGCUGCAGGACUGCCUUCAAAACAACCGCGCACACACCAAGAUCGAAUCCAUGAUGUUGAAGCUGCAAAGACUUCAGCAGAAAGCCAUUUUGGAUGACGACUAUGACGCAGCUGAGCGUUUUGGGAAAAAGCUAGAGGAGCUGUGUCGAGAGCGGGGAGCUCUGAAGCUGGGUUUACCCUCCAGACAGCCCAGCGUGGCUUUGUUCCUGGAGAGGCUCAGACAGGUGGUGCACAGCGCCCUCCAGAGGGCAGACUGCAGCCAGCGCAGGGAGGGUGCAGAGCUUGACGCAGGGGAGCGAUCUGACUUAUCGCAGGGUCCACUGCAACGAAGGGAACGUCUCAUUCAAGAGAAACGGCUGGUGGAGGAGGAGAUUGCGGAGCUUCAGCAGAGGCUGGCGGAGCUGAAGGACCGCAGUCGAUGCUUGGAGCAGCAGAUCCAGCAGGAGGAGCAGCAGGUGGAGGCUGAGGAGCUGGAGGGCUCCGUGCUGAAGAGCUGCACCGUGGCCCAGCUCCGCGACAUGAGCCGAACCCUACAGGACCUCGUCACAUCGGAAAACCGAACGCAGAUCUCAGUCUCCCCUCCACCCUCCAUGCUCAGACUCCAGGAGCAGGAGCAGGCAUUGAAUCUGUCCAUCAAGGAAGCUACAGCUAAAGUGGUCAUGAGUCAGAGGCUGGGCAGCAGCCUGAGGAGGAAAGUCAGCGAGACUGAAACGCAGCUUUUGGCACUGCAUGAAGCCAAACUGGCAGCCAUCUCAGGUAAUGACUUCAGCAGUGCCAAGGAGCUAAAAGCUGAGAUGAAGGCGGUGUACCUGGAGCGCGACCGGCUCGAGGCUCUGGCCAAGAGGCUGCACAGCCUCAGCUCGGGCAGCAGCCAGGAGCUGGCCAGGAUGAAGGAGCAGCGGCAGCAGCUCAGGCAGGAGCUGGAGCAGAGGGAGGCCCAGCAUGAAAGCCGCCUGAAAGAGAACACUACCAAGUAUGUCGAGCUACUGGAGGACAGAUUGCACAGCUGUGGCUGUCCAGGCUUGGAGCGAAUCUGGGAAGCUGACCUGGAAGCAUGUCACCUGUUUUUGCGAGGUUUGCAGCUGCGGACUCCCAGCUGCAGUGGAGCAGAUAUGGAAGACCUCCCGCCUGCAGCAGUUUAUCCUCCGACCCAGCUAUGCACCAAAGAGGAAGAAGACUGCGCCAUGUUGACUGCUUUAGGGGGUCGCUGGUGUCCCGAGGCCAACUUACAGAACUCAGAGUUCACUAAGAAACUGGAGGAGUUUUUGUUCUGCAUGGAGGAUAACCACCCAGAGGAUGGCUGCAGCGAGGCCGAGGCUACAGACCUGACAGAGCGCUGUGAGUUGAUCAGUGACAGACUAAUGACCUUAGAGGAUGAACUGCAGACGGCCAUGCUGAACCGGGAUCAGGCCCUCACCCAGUCUUUAGAAAAAGAAGUUCAGGAAGUGAAAUCCACUUUACAGACUAUGUUGGCACAGCUCAAGGUGGAAGAUGAAGAAGAAGAAGAAGAAGAAGAAGUGGAGGAAGAGGAGGAGGAAGUGAAUGAGUUGAAUGACCUCAUGAAAAAUGGGACUGAGGAAGAAGAAGAAGAAGAGGAGGAGGAGGACCAGUACUUCAGUGACAGCUGGGACAUUUGAAAUGGAUGCCUGUAGUGUUUUAUGGGCACUCACACACAGACGGGCUCUCGGAGAGCCUGACCUCGGCUUUGCAGUAGAAGUGACCCCAUAUCCAUUUACCGUAAAGCCUCACUCAAAGCGCUUCACAACCAGCGUCUGUGGUACUGCUGGAAGUUUCCACUACAAAGCCCUAGAAAGUCUGUGUAACAUUCAUCCAUCUACAGAUGGAGAAACAUGGAAAGUUUCAUAUAAAUGCAACAUGUGAGACGUUUUCUCGCAAAUUUAAGGAGUUGUUCAAACCUAUCGAGUGCCUUUGGCCAACGAGUUGAUAUGGUGAUUGUUUUUCAAUUAAAAUGUUUUUGGAUUUAAUAUCUUGCUGAGCAAUUUGGUGAAGUAUAUUUUUUCAAUUUGUACUGUAUAAACACAACCAAUUUUGUUGCCAUUUGCAAACUGUUUGAGUCUCAUAAGUUUAAAUUUUAAGUAAGAAUACAACUUUUUCUGAACAGCAGCAAACUUGUGGUUGAAUUUUGACCAAGUGGACAAUCUAAUUUUGUAAUUUUAUUGUUAUUAUUAUUAUUACUGGUAACAGUUUUGCACAUAAACUAAAACUUUUGCUUAAUUUUCAGGUCAGCUCGCCACUUUAAUGUCUCCUUUGUACGACUGGACUUCACUUCCAUGUAAUUUUGUCCAUGAAAUAACAUUUGUGGUGCUACAAAAUGUGACCUAACUUGAACACUUUAUUUUCUUUGUGUGAAAAAUGCAAUAUUUAGAUUGUUUCUUUGAUCUCUUAAAGCAAUGUAGACGGGCUCUGAAUUUUUUAAAUUCAUCUGCCACAAUAGUCAAAUUGUGUUUUGUGCAUGUCGGAUAUAGUGAAGGAUAAAAUAUCAGCGGGCACAUAAAGUAAGUAUUUGCAACUGCUGUUUUGUUGUUGUUUUUCAACUGCCUGCCACUGAUUGUUUUUAUUUUAUUUGAGAAUAUACAUUCACUGGGUGUCACUUGACUUUUUGCCAGAAAACAUAUUUGUACUUUCACUCAUUAAUCAGUUUUUUAAUUUACUGUGCAGCUUGAAGCCACUGUAUCAGUUUUCAUAUUUAUUCCUUACAGCAUCUCACUAAUUACAGCAUGUACCAUUCAGCCUAA